GUAAGUCCAAAAAUGCAUAAAAUUGUCCCGACCACUCCUUGUCUACCUUAUAUCCGUUAGAAUAUUUUUCGUUAUCCGAUUGAUUUUAUACAGUACAUCUUAUUUCUUUUGACCAAAACUACGUUAAAAAAGUGCUAUUCGAAAGCUUUAUUCAACAUAGUGUUUCAACACGCUUGAUACCCAAGUCAAAGGUCAAUAUUUCAGACUUCCCUCCAGAUAAAAAUCUGGGUAACUAACAACAGCAUUUUGGCAAUCGAGACAAAACUCUAAUAACUCUUUCACUAUUAAACAACUCAAGAAUAUACGCCUCCCAAAUACUAUAGACAGCAGUGCUCCUCAUUAAAAUAUUGAAUGGGCCGUUUGAUGCCGUUUGAGGCCGUCAUCCGAACAAAGAAUCAUUUUAUCGAUUGCUAAUAUGACCAGCAAUUUGACUUUGAAGAAGUAAAUCGUUGGUCAAUGCGCAUGUCCCAUAUGUCAGGACAUUUUCCGAAAUUUGACAUUUGCCGCUUAUUAAACAGCCACAAAGUAAAUAUUGCUAGGAAGUAUUUGUUUCGUUAUUGCGCAACCCUGUAGAUAUCACGUUGUAGUGAUGAAUUUAAUUCACGGCGGUGUGAUUAUACUAAGCGCUGUAGUAUUUUUAUUCUACAAACUAUCCAAGCAACGGAACUCCUCGCUACAAAAUAGUCAAUUAUUACGGCCGCCGAACCCGGAAACGCCGCAGCCACCUUCAUUCUCACCACUACACGUGUAUGAAAACGGGGCGGUCUGCUCUGACAGUGAUGUCUGUAGUAGAAUUGGCAGAGAUGUUAUGCAAAAGUCGGGUGGCAGCGCAGUUGACGCCGCAAUUGCUACACUCUUCUGCAAUGGACUGCUGGCUAUGCAGAGCAUGGGGCUCGGUGGCGGUGUACUCAUCAAUAUUUACUCAAGCAGCGAACAACGAAGCUACAGCAUACUGAGCAGAGAACGCGCACCACUAGACUUUCAAUUACCGAAGGGAAAUGUAAGCACAAUUUUCCAGUCGGCUUUGGGUAUUGCAGUGCCUGCUGAAGUUGCCGGCUAUGCGGUGGCCCAUCAACAUUUUGGAAAGUUACCUUGGCGACAACUGGUGGAACCGACCACAAAAAUCUGCCGCCAAGGCUACACACUCACCAAACACCAACGGGAUUCGGUGUAUAUCAAUGGGAAACUGCUUAAGGAAAAUGAAGUUUUGCGCAAAAUGUUUGUAGACCCGAAAACAGGGCAAGUUUAUAGGACUGGCGCGCACGUACGUCCACCAGAUGUACUUUGUCGCACUUAUGAAGCUCUUGCGCGUGAUGGUCCCAGUGAUUUUUAUAAUGGUUAUCUGAUGGAGAAUAUAGUAAAGGAUUUGCGUGAUUUAGGUAGUCCCAUCGAAGAGGUGGACAUGAGCAAUCUGACGGCAGAGCUGACAUUCUCACCCAAUGUUACAUUAGGUCCGUAUACACUACAUUUCACACCACCACCCGGUAGUGGUUAUGUCGUGGGUUUUGUGAUGAAGAUUUUGCAGAAAUUUAGUAAGAAAUUUGCUAAGAAAAGUGACAUUGAUGCCAGCGGUAUGCAUCACAUAGUUGAGGCGCUGAAAUUUGGUUUCGUCCAACGUUGGAAUCUGGAUGUAGAGGUGCUAGAAGAGGAGCUAACAAAUCUCACGAACUCCUCAUAUGCACGUCAUUUGGCCUAUCUGAUAGACGAAGAGCGUACCUUUAGGGAUGCUACAAGUUAUGGCGCCAGUGAGUCUCUUGUUACACGCGUAGAGUAUGGUACAGCUCAUAUAUCGGUUAUGGCUUCGAAUGGUGAUGCUGUAGCCGCAACAAGUUCCAUCAACUUUUACUUUGGCAGUGGCAAGAUUGGCGCACGCACUGGUAUUCUCUUCAAUAACGCCAUGUCGGACUUCACCAUCGAAGGUCUUCAAAAUUACUUUGAUCUACCAAAUAUGCCGUAUAAGAAUCGUAUUAAACCCGGUGCUUCGCCGAUGUCUUCAAUGAGUCCCAUUAUUGUUACCGAUCAGCAUGGCGUAGUGCGUUUAGUGACGGGCGCUGCCGGCGGCACGAAAAUUAUAUCGGUUUUGGUACAUAUUUUGGUUCGCAUACUCUGGUUGGAGCAAAAUAUUAAGCAGGCCAUUGACGCACCUCGUUUCCAUCAUCAAUUAGAACCGAAUAUGCUGGAAUAUGAGUAUGGGAUCUUGCAAAAUGUGGUUAAGGUUUUGGAAGCCAAGGGGCAUCGAACGAUACGUUAUAGGGAGCGUGGAUCGGCCGUUUGUGGCAUUGAAAAAGUUAGAGGCCAAAUUUUUGGUAAUGCCGACUAUCGUAAAGAAGGCGAUGUUCGGGGCUUCUAAGGACGAUGAGCUUCGAAUGGGAGCUCUACAGUUUAAUAUCGAUAAAAUGUGAUAGUAUAGAAAGAAAACAUUGCAAAAACAGAAAGUAUUACGCUUAUAAAUUAAAUGGUGUUUAGUAUACAAAUAUUAAACGAGAGUAAUAUAAUAAUAUUUUCCUUAUUCAAAUUAUACGAUAAAAUUGUUAAAAUUUAUUGCGAUACUUUAUUUAAAUAUCAUAAAUUAUACCUAUUUAUUAUUGAAUUCAAGUUCAAAUACAGUGCCGAAAAUUAACACCCUUAAUAAAAUUAAAACAAGAUUUAAUCUCAAAUAAACUAUACUCUGCGACAACAAUAUUGCAAGUAGAUUGUACCUUGUUUCAA